AGCUUUGGAAAACUGCUCCGCCACAGAAGUUGCCGCCCAAGCUCCUCUCAACCGUUAGCCGUCAGCCGUGGCCGUCGUUGUGUCGUCCAUCUUCCACAUAUAGUUUAUUUUCUUGUUCGCUUGUAGUUGUUGUUGCAACCAGCUGGUAGCAGCAGCAGCAACAACAGCUUUCCAUACACACACACACACACACACACAAAUACCAAGGCGCACACAGAGAGCGAGAGGGAGAGCGAGCGCAGUUAUUGAAACGAGUCGAGAGAGCAAGCAAGCAAGCACAGCUGUGAGCGAGCAAUUGAGAGUUUGAGCGGAACUCAGUCGACGGCAACCCACCCCCAAAACCCCAAAAAAUAGCUUUGCCGUUUUCUGUCGUUCACUGACAGCAGCGGCCGUCACACGCAACGCAGCGCAACGCAUCUCAGCCCCACCAGACACACACGCUCGGAGACGGAACGACGCCAGCAGAGGCGAGAGGCCCAGUGAGACAGACAGACAGUCAGCCAGCCAGCCAGCCUAUCAUUUCGACAGACAUAAAUUCACACAUACUUAUGUAGUAUUCAAAUGAAAUAUCGCCUAUUCCCUUUAUUUUUGGGAUACAACGAGCGAAAUCCACCAAAACUACAAUAACAAUAAGAAUUAAACAAGAUACAAGACAAGUGCUGUGCUUUUAAAACAACCUACAAAAUCGAAGGCAAAACUCAACGCAACGCAACGCAAAAGGAAACAUAAAACAUAAAGAAAGAGAGAGAACGAGAGCGAGCGAGCAUUGGAGAGACGGGGCGGCAGUUUCGGCUUUUUUAGAAUGUAUUGAAACGAAAUUUAAAUGUUUAACUAGAAUAACAAAUUUAGUUGUUGAUACUUUUUGCAAUUAUUUGUUAAACAAAACCAGGCAAGGCGUCGGAAAUCAAACAUAACAUACAACACAACAUACAACAUAUGCCUGUUUGUUUUGUAUGAGAGCUCCAGUCAGAAAUAAAAAUAAAAAAAAUUGUGUGCCGUAAAUAACGUAAUAACGUGAAAUGAAUACAAAGCAGAAAGCAUAAACACUUUCAAACACACAACCACACACACAUACACACAAAUUAAAUUCUUGUGAUUAAAGUGCAUUUCUACAACACACACAUACAUAUACUUAUGCAUAUGUAUGCCCAACAACAAUACAAUAAAACGCAACGAAAAAAAGUAAUAUAAAAAAAGCUCCAAUUACAAUCUAAUUGAACGGCAACGGCGGCAAACGAGAGCAGCGAGGGAGAAGGAGAAGUUAAAGAAGAAGAAGCAACAGCAUUAUUGUUAUUAACGUCUUUAAAGAUGGAAGUGCUAUCAGUACAAAAUCAUAUUCAGGGACAAUUUGGUGUCAUUGGUACAACAAAAGUUAAAGACUGGACGAGUCCGCUGACGGCACCCACAACGACAACUGCAACAGGCGUUGCAGCCACGCCAGAGGCGCUAGCGGACAGCCCAAGGGAUAAGGUGAGUGCUGACGUGGACGUGGAUUUGACGGACGCUGAUGUUGUGGAUGGCCAUCCUGCAUCAGUGUUGCACAUGCGUCAGCAUCAGGCGCUUCAUACACGGCCUCGCCUCUCCUCAACCACCUCGUCCUCCUCUGCAACGGCCCCCAGCAAGCCGCCCGCCUCACCCAUGGCCAUGGCCAGCUUCGAUAUGCUCAAUUGUGAGAACAACACCGCCACCGCUGGCUACAUGUCCAACGUGCUGCAGGCAGCUCCGUUACCGGCCUCGCCGCUGCAAUCGACAGCCGGCGCUCGUCUGGGCGCCAGCGACAAUCUGGACGAUGUGAAUCCCAGUGCUGUGGAGGAGCUCUCACAGCUGCUGCAGACCAAGCUGCGCGACGCCAAGAGUCGUCAUCUCUCCUGCACCGAGGUCACCUUGCCCAACAAUCUCACCGAACGCAUUGCUGUCCAAAUCAUACGCAUGUCGGAGCGCGAGCCCUGCGGCGAACGCGCCUGCACCAUCUUCAUCGAGUUUGAGAGCGAGCCGAACAAUGUCAGACGCAUUGCCUCCUUCAAGGUGGAUCCGGACACUGUCUCCAUCUUCGAGCUGUAUUUGACCUUGAAGCAGGACAAGAGCGGCUGGACCUCGAUGCUACCACAGUUUCUCAAAAAUCUAACACGCAGCAAUACUAUCAUGAUAAGUCCAGAUUUUACAUUGACCAAGAAUAAACUCUACUCCUCCGAGUAGUGAAGCGGCUUGUAUGUGGCGGUCGUAGGCGUGUGGGCGUGGCUUAACUCAGUACCAAAUCCCUCCGAAUAUGAAAGCCGUUUCUACUCGAGCCGCCUGCGUUCGUCUUCUACGAACUUCACCACACUACAUAAAACACACCACACCACAACUCACCACACCACAAACAUUACCACAAUUUAGCCAUAUAGAGGCAAACUUUGGACCACAACUGAACAACUCCUGCAAAUAGCAACAAAAUCAACAGCAACAAAUCAACUCAACAACAAUUGUGUAUUUUGAGAGACCUACAAAUCCAAAAACAAAAAUGCAAAAAAUUUAAAAAAAAACAAAAACAAACAAAAAAAGAGAAACAAAUCAACUGCAGUUGCAGGCAACUCAAAACUCUUAUUGGACUGACUUUUUGGCUUAUAAACAUUAAA